UAUAUUUUGCUUAUAUAUUAUCAAAUUUAUCAUCAUCAUCGUCAUCAUAUCAUUCACAUAUACCCAUCAAACCCCAAUCUGGCAAUCUUCUAUUUCUUGAAGAUUCUCCGUUAAUCACUACUACAUCCGUACUCCCCUUUCCAACCUACCGACAUAUAAAUACACAUAAACAAUCCCUGCUCCCCUCUCUCUGAACCUGCUCUGUUGUUCCCAUCACCCAAAUCUUCAAUUCUUGAUCAUUCUAAUCAAUCUCGCUGCCUGAUUUUCGUUUUCCUGAUUUUGUGAUUGGCUGGCGGAUGAGGAAGAGGGAGCGAGAGAACCCAUGUGGGGUUUGCGGCCACUAUCACAAGUAUGAGGAAGGGGAGAUUUGUGGGAUUUGCGGCCAUCGGUUGCCGGAAUCUGCUGAGAAAAUUCCGCUCCAUGUUAGUGCUUUCCCUUCUGAGAUCCUGCCGGAGUUCCUUUAUUUGGGAAGUUACGAUAACGCCUCUCGCUCUGAGCUGCUCAAAACCCAGAGGAUUUCUCGAGUUCUCAAUACAGUACCAGCUUGUCAAAAUCUCUACAAGAAUUCUUUCACUUAUCAUUGCCUCCAAGAUGACAAAACUUUACAAUUUGAUGAUGCAAAUCAAUUUUUAGAGCAAUGUGAAAAGGAUAAGGUUCGUGUUCUUGUGCACUGCAUGUCUGGAAAAAAUAGGUCUCCGGCUAUUGUGAUAGCUUACUUAAUGAAGUCCAAAGGAUGGAGGCUUGCACAAAGUUACCAGUGGGUGAAAGAGCGGAGACCAUCGGUUGACUUGACCCAAGCUGUGUACCAGCAGUUGCAGGAAUACGAGCAAAAAACUUUUGGGUCAUCUGAUGGCAACAACCCUGCCUUGCCAGUUUUCCCACAUGCAGGCGUGCCAUCCCUUAGCUUUGGGUUUCCAAAGGUUAAUGAUCCAGUUCCUGGUGCUGCUUUCAACAGCAUCAGCACUACCUCCUUUUUGACCCGUCCUCUGCAUGUUCCUCCUGAGUACCAGUUUGGAGCUGGCCAUCCUCAACAUAGUUUAUCUGAGAGCCCCUUCACUGCCAGCCCACAGAACCCAAAUGGAGGAGACAUUUCAAUGGAUUCAUGAAAUUUCGAGCAUUUCACCCAAUGAGAUCAAAAGGUUAACGAGUUUUCAGAAGUUUGAAACUACAAAUGAAUCUUUUGCUUUGUGGGAUACUUUGUUUUGCCUAAUUAAAUACGGGAGUGUUGUUCUAAUGCAAUAGUAGAGGUUUCAUCAUCAAAUACACUGGCUGCUGAAGUUGUAUUUGUCUUUGUUGCUGCUUGCAAAUAUAGGAUUGAUUUUUUUUUAUUAUUAUUAAAAAUACACGAAAAGCUGAAGUGGAACAUGCCUAUUCAAUCAAAGGCUCUUUAAAGUAUUCUUUAUGUGGGACCAUCGAUUUAUUGGUGGUGGACAGCCUAUUGAAUGACUUUUCCUCUCCCUAUUUGGGUCAUGGAAAAAAUUGUUUCUCA